AUGCUGCAUUUUACCAGCGUUGUGCCACCGGAAUGGCGCUUCCGAUUCAUGGGCUCAGACGAAAGUGUGGCGCAUAUCAACCGCAGCGCCGCGAUUCGAGAGCAGGUCUCUGCCGGCAAGCUCGAUCUCACCUUCAUACCGGCCAACCAAACGACCGGGUCCCAAGAGGAGAUCAACCGCUUCUUCACCCAGUCAUGGGUCUACGAGACCCUUCUGCAGCCUGCCGAGUGGCUGCUCGUGUUUCAGACGGACAGCAUGCUGUGCGCAAACAGCAAAAGCAACCUAAACGACUAUCUCGGAUACGAUUGGGUCGGAGCGCCGUGGAAUUUAAAAGCUUCCUUUGGCGGUAAUGGAGGUUUAUCGCUGCGUAGGGUCAGCUCCAUCAUCGAGGUGCUGCGAAACAACAGCCGUCCUCACGGAGGCCCUCCCGAGGAUGUCUUCCUCUCGAAUGCCCUGAACGAGCGUCCGGGUGCGAGGAUGGCCAACGGCCGACUCUCGUCCACGUUCUCGGGCGAGAUGCACUCGGGUCAGAAAGAAACCAUUGCUCAUUGGUUCAAGGGGAGCGACGGGGAGAACUCCGAGGGGUGGAUUGAGGGCAUCGACGACUGGCGCGAGGGCUUCUACGAACCGAUGGGAUUCCACACGGGCGCCAGCGGUACGACCCUCCACGGCGCGAUCUGGGGCACACCGCAGCUCCGUGCUCACAUGUGGAACUAUUGUCCCGAGAUCAAGCUGAUCUUGCAGAUGGACGUUGCUCAAUACGUGCCUGGUGACUGCGGGGCUAUCUGGAAGAGAGAAGAUGGCGAUGGGAUGGCCUACAAUGCCUACGCUACAGAGGUGAUCGACGGUGUAGAAUAUCCGUUGGUACCGAAUUUGAUUCCUUGGUGA